AACAUAACGCGCUGUGGAAAACAUGCGGCUCGGGGGACCCCCCCGCAGCCCCCGCUCGGGGCCGAGCCCCGAGGGGCCCGGGAGCAGUCCAGGCCACGUGCAGUUUGGCAAGAACCCCCAGAACCCGGCCAGGCGCACAAGAUCCCCCUCUCCUAGGCCCGCCGCGCCUUCGGGAACUCGGGGCUCCACUCGGCUGAGGCGCUGUGACUCUCCCAGGCGCGCCUGGCCGGCAGCCCUGCCCCACUGCGUGGGCCGCCUCUGGAUGGGCGGGCGGCCGCCCUCCGCAGAAGCUCACGGCCCCGCCUCCCGCCGGCGGGCCGCCUCUCCGACCCAGAGAAGCCGCGCCUCCCCAGGGGCCUCCCCAGGCCCCCCGCCCCAACCUUCCAGAGGGGCGGUGGCGGGGGGCGGGCCCGCGCGGGGAAGGGCAGAAGCUCACAAGGAGGUGCUUCCGGGACAAAGGGCGUGCAAGAUGGCGGCGCCCAUGGAGCUGUUCUGCUGGUCAGGGGGCUGGGGGUUGCCGUCAGUGGAUCUGGAUAGCCUGACUGUGCUGACUUAUGCCAGAUUUACUGGUGCUCCACUCAAGGUACACAAGAUCGCUAACCCCUGGCGAAGCCCUUCAGGAACUCUGCCUGCCCUUCGGACCAGUCAUGGAGAAGUCAUCUCAGUACCACACAAGAUCAUCACCCACCUUCGAAAAGAGAAGUACAAUGCUGAUUAUGAUCUGUCAGCCCGGCAAGGGGCAGACACCCUGGCCUUCAUGUCUCUACUGGAGGAAAAACUGCUCCCAGUGCUGAUACAUACUUUUUGGAUAGACACCAAGAACUAUGUGGAAGUGACUCGGAAAUGGUAUGCAGAGGCAAUGCCCUUUCCCCUCAACUUCUUCCUGCCCGGCCGCAUGCAGCGGCAGUACAUGGAGCGGCUACAGCUGCUAUGUGGGGAGCACAGACCUGAGAACGAGGAAGAACUGGAGAAGGAGCUGUACCAAGAAGCUCGGGAGUGCCUGACCCUUCUCUCUCAGCGCCUGGGCUCUCAGAAGUUCUUCUUUGGAGAUGCCCCCGCCUCCCUAGACGCCUUUGUCUUUAGCCACUUGGCCCUGCUGCUGCAAGCAAAGCUGCCUAGCGGGAAGCUGCAGGCCCACCUGCGGGGGCUGCAUAACCUCUGUGCCUAUUGUAGCCACAUCCUCAGCCUCUACUUUCCCUGGGAUGGAGCGGAGGUGUCACCCCCACGCCAGACACCAGCAGGCCCAGAGACUGAGGAGGAGCCAUAUCGGCGUCGGAACCAGAUACUGUCUGUGCUGGCAGGACUGGCAGCCAUGGUGGGCUACGCUUUGCUCAGUGGCAUUGUUUCCAUCCAGAGGGCAACGCCUGCCCGCACCCCAGGCAGCCGGGCCCUGGGCAUGGCUGAGGAGGAUGAAGAGGACUGAUUUGUCCUCGUGCUCCUAGGACUGAUUUUUCUACUAUCAUGCAUUCCAGAGGCCCCUUAGCCUCCCCCACUGUUGAUAAAGCCAGAAAUGGGGUACUACCCCUCAAGAAUAAAGCUGCUCACACUGACUGGGAUCAUUCUCGCCUUUAAGAG